AUGGCAAACACGAGCGUUGUUUCCACUACCCAACCCGAACCCUCCAAUGCAGUGGAUCCCUCAGGCUCAAGAUCUCUGGGCUCUGUCGAUACUUACUCUGAUGAAGAAAAUAGCCGACAGGGCAAUGGGUGGAGAAGAGACACCGGGAAGAGAGUUUGGGUUGAGAAAGGCACUGUAAACUUAUCAAACCUGACCAGGAACAAUAGAGAUUCUGGGAAAGGCAGAAAUCCACCUCAAAAAGAUCCAUUCCACAACCAUAGAGAACUGGAGGGGGAUGAAUGCCUUCUGCAUGGUUCCAUGGCCGAAAGAGGGCGUGCGAAGCUGGACCUUGAGGACUGGAUUGAACCGCCAAAGGAUAGAAACUUCCCUUUGAUGGGGCGUUUUGCUGGAAAAUUCCCGGGCAUGAGAAUAAUUGAUGAAUUAGCCAAAACUUGGGGAGUUUGGUAUAAUUUGGAUGAACACUAUAAUGGCCAUGUAAUGUUUUGGUUUAAGACUGAAGAGGACCGUGAUGUUGUGUUGAAGAAGGGUCCUUUUGCUGUGUAUGGAAAACGUAUGUUCCUUGAACCACCACCAAAAGAGUUCUCUGAGGCGUAUGAAGAUUACCGGUUCCUUCCAAUGUGGGUUAGACUCCCCUCACUGCCGAAACCUUGUUGGAACACUGGGGCUUUGAGCAAAAUCGCUGCUGCCAUUGGUAAACCUCUGUACAUGGAUCAAUCUACUUUGGAUGGGAGGAAAAUAGGCUUUGCUAGGGUGCUCGUGGAUGUUGACUGCUCCUUAGAGCCUCUGGAACACAUCGCCAUUGAGGUGCCUGACGGAUCAACGCUUGAACAGAAUAUUUUUUAUCAGAACUGGGUGCCCUUUUGCACUCGAGGAUGUGGCAGAAAAGAAACUGAUGAGGCAGCACUGGUGGUAGUCGAAGAUGGUACAGGAGUGCAAGAUAUUGUAGCUACACCUUUGCAACAACCUUUUGGAACUCCACAAGUCGAGGUGCAAUCUCCUCCACCACCUCUUGAGAUUGGAGAUGAGGCCGCAAAUGAGACAUCUGACGCAGAAAUUCCACAAGUUGAGGUGCAAUCCCCUCCACCACCUCCUGAAAUUGAAGAGGAGGCCGGUAACGACAAAGAAGAAGCUGCUUUGUCAAAAUCUGCUAGAAGAAAGGCCCGAAAGGCUAGGAAGGCGGCAGAAGCUGCCUUGAACCCUCCAUGCAACCUUGAGACUGUCUCUGAAGUUGAUCCGGAUCCACAGGCAGAAAAUGAAGAAGAAAAUGUUGUCACCUUACCCAUAGAGCCCUCUCGUGUGGUGGCUGGGGCAAGAAGACGAUCCCCGCAAUCUAAGAAGCAAAAAAAAAUCUCGGACAUCCCUGCACUUGGGAUUAACAAAGUGGCUGGCGGCGGUGUCUGGGACUUCGUUUGGAACAAUAAACUAUCUGUUAUUGCACUUCUGGAAACUAAAUUGUCGAUUGAGAAAGCUGACUUGUUCGUUAAAAACCGAAAGAAUGGAUGGAAGCUUGCAACCAACUUCCAUGAUACUGUUGGUGGAAGGAUUCUUGUUACAUGGAACCCAGCGCUAGUAGACUGCUCAAUCCUUGAGACUGGACCUCAACAUGUCCACUGUCUCAUUCUAUGCAAGAUUUCUCAGAAGAAGAUUCUUUGUACUUUUGUCUAUGGCCUCUUUUCUGUAGUUGCGAGAAGGCAAUUAUGGGAGAAGAUUGAAGCACUUGGACUAUUGAUUGUUGAACCAUGGGUAAUCUCAGGUGACUUUAAUACAGUGUUAUCACCAUCUGAAAGAAGGGGAGGAAACGAACCAACUAGAUAUGAGCUUCAGGAUUUGGAGAAUUGCUGUGCGAACAUGGAUCUAACGGACUGCCCUUCUACUGGAAAAUUUUUUACGUGGAGAAAUAGGUAUAUGGAAGCCAAGCUGGAUCGGGUACUGAUCAAUGAUAGAUGGGGAGCCAACGGGUUAACAUGCAUGGCAGACUUCAAGUUGUUGGCAUGCAAUUCAGAUCACUGUCCCGUAGUUAUAACUACGUCCAUUGCUAUAAGUGACGGAAAAAGGCCAUUCAAAUUUUUAAACAUGUGGCUCACACACCAGGACUUCAAAGUUACUCUUGAAAAUGUGUGGAGAGAGCAUGUGGAGGGAUCGAAGCAGUAUAUUCUGGCCAAGAAACUUAAGUCUCUUAAAGGACCUCUUCGCACUCUUAACAGAAAUGCGUUCAGCCACAUCUCGGAGAGAACCCGAGUCGCGAAAGAAGCCUACUCUGUUGCGCAAGAUGAGUUGGAUGUCCUAAACGCGAAUGAACAAGAGAGGGCUUAUGUUAAUGAUCUUCGGAAGAGGGCCUUGUUCUUGAUGGAGGCUGAAAGACGGUUCUUUGCGCAAAAAUUGAAUACAGUCCACUUGGUUGAGGCAGAUAAGGGAUCACACUAUUUUCAUAGCCUCAUAAAUAAAAGAAAUGCAGCGUCAACUCUAGCUGCAAUCCUUGAUCAAGAUGGGAACCUAACUACUUCACUCAAUCAAGUGGGCAGCUUGUUUGUAAAAUUUUUCUCUGAUUUAUUUGGCACCCCAAGAGAAAGGAAUGGAACGGACAAUACAUAUUUUGGCCAUGGCUCCAAUGUCUGCCGAUCAAGCUUUGAACCUUGUGGCCCCAAUCUCUAA